AUGGCGACAACAAAAACUUCCGAAGAAAGUGUUAAUAUAGAUGAUUUUGAUGCACUUUUAGCAGCGCUUAGCGCUGAAGAGCUUGAGAAUGUUAAUGAUUUUAUUGAUCCAGAGCAUUCUUACCUACCAGCAAGCGAUCGUGGUAACUAUCGAAUGCACAAAACUCCAACCGGUCCGUAUGAUCGCAAUAAACUGCUGGGUUUCUUAACUGAACAAGGACAAAGUGAGAAAGAUUGGGAGGAACAAAAACCUUUUUUACCCGGUGAAAAGAAAGGAAAAGUUUGGCAAGCUCCCGAAGUUGCAAAGCCAGCUCAUGAUGAAGAGGAUGAAUUAACUCAUACGGAAUGGGAUGAUCUAUUAACGAAUGCAACUGAAACAGAAAUUGUUGAACUAGCUGCUAUUCUUGGGUUUACUGGUUUAAUUAAUCAAGUGCAAUAUCAUGCAGCCGUAACGGAUAAACCUACAUCUACAAAUGCCGGUGGUUGGAACGCUGCUGCUAAAAUGGAACCAUUAAAAUUAAUUCCGCCAGAACCAGAUAAUAUGACAAACGUGGAAGAAUGUAUAGCAAAAGCAAAAGCGAAUGACAAGGAAUUAACUAAAAUUAAUAUAAAUAAUAUUCAAGGAAUAAAGCCUGAUGUACUUAACGACUUACUUAACGCAAUAAAAGACAACACACAUGUAGAAGUUCUUGCAAUGGCUAAUGUUGGUAUGACUGAUGGUGUUGGUCGAUCUCUUGCUGAACUUAUCGAAGCAAAUUCAACAUUGAAAACAGUCAAUGCUCAGUCGAACCGUUUGACAGGUGCAGUUGUUGCUGAAAUCGUACGGAGCACAUUGAAAAAUCAAACAUUGGUUGAAUUACGAUUAUCAAAUCAACGCUCACAAAUCCUUGGCAAUCGUGUUGAAAUGGAAGUGGCUGAUGCUAUUGUUCAAAAUAAUACGCUUCUUCGUUUAAAUUUACAGUUCGAUACUCUGGGACCACGAGUUCGUGUUACGGAAAAACUCAAACAAAAUCUUGACGCUUUACGUAAAAAACGUUUGGCGAGUAAACAAGAAGAAACGAAAUAA